AUGAAGCAUGACCCCAAAGCGUAUUAUAAAGUUUACCUCCUCCUGCUGGGACUUUUUUUUCUAAAUGUUAUCGUACUACUUACAAAACCCAAUCACACCUCGAUCGACGAAACUCAAACAGUGGAGGAGAUCCCGCCAAACAUGGCCUGCAAAUGGCCUCCUUCUACGCGCGAAGACACUCAUUAUGGAAGAGGGCAUAACAUAACCCUGUGUGUACGACAGGAUUCCAGUGCAUCAGAAAUAAACACUCCCAAGAAAUAUCCCCUGAGCAAUCUAUUUCGUGGUUUGAAAGGUAGAAACGCAAUAUCAUUCGAGGAUCUCGGAAUGAUGCCGAGGCGUUUUUGGAAAUUGGCGAUAUAUCCUCAGGUUUAUCGUACUUACCCACAGGACGUCCCAUUGAAGAGAAUUGUCAAAUCCGUUAAAGCGGGUCUUCCUGUCACUGAUAUGCCUGAGUACAAUUUUCCCAUACGCAUUCUGAAAACCAGCACAAAGGUGUGUGCACGCGAUACCCGACACGACCUUGUCAUCGUGGUGAAAAGUGGCAAUCUGGGGUGGGACGCCAGAACGGCAUUUCGUGCCUUCAUGCAACGCGAGAAAGCCUGCAGUCCACAGCUCAAGGUGGGAGUCGUCUUCAGUCUGGGAAUGCCACGCAAACACGGUGGCAGAAUAUUCAAUCGUGAUGGCCACAUCAUGAGCCUGGAUGGAACGGCUGGUGACAGGUUGGAGGAAUAUGACGGUAAAGCCAAUGCAGUUAUGGAACAAAUAAAUCAGGAAAUCGAACAAUUCGAUGACAUACUGCUGGGUGACUACGAAGACACGUAUUUCAAUUUGACGUGGAAGACCGUCACAAACCUGCGA